UCUUCCCGCCCCUUUAAAUUUAAUAUUGUUGAGGGAGGAUUCACCAACCUACAUGAAAUCUGGAAAGUUAACGACAAUAAUAGCCAUAAGAUUGAUGCAAAUUAUAUUCCAUGGGGUCGUGUUCAUGAUUACUGGUUCUUGGUUGGGGUUAUUAAACAUGGUCAUGGCAGAUGGCAAGAUAUAUUAGCUGACGAUGAGUUAUCUAUUAUUUCUGACUCUUUUAUUGGAAAAUCGUUCAGUAGUGAAAUAAAGAAUAAAUACAUGGCCGGAAGGCUUAAAAUUUUGGAGCAAGCCCUUUCAAUUGAAGAACAGUUAAGAAGGGCUGACCAGUCAACAUCGAUAUCAGAUGAACCUUCAUAUUUAUCUUUAGAGCAUGGCUUACGCGAAAUUGAAUACAUGCUAGAAGCUCAUCAACACUUAUUAGCUGACGACUCUCAAACCACGAGGGACAUUCUUCAACGUGUAUUAGGGCACGUAGACGAACGACUUUGCGAUCUAAAAUCUGAAGCAAGUAGGAUCAUAUCGUCUCUACCGAAGCAGCCUUCUAUCUCAUCGAGACUGCAUCUAAGCGAAAGGAAUUUACUGACGCAUUUUGGAAUGUUAAACAAAGAACCGACCGAGCCAAUCUUAGAUGAAAGCGUCGGUACUAAUUUCAAUGCUGAAGUACCUAACUCUAAUACAGCGGUGGCUGAUGUAGUAGACAAACAAAUAGUAUCCGACAAUCACGAGGAAGUCAAUGCUACGCUAAAAGAAAUUUCAGAAAAUAACACUGACAAUAUAAACAAAAAUUGCUCAGCGGAACAAGCAGUCGUGAUUGAGUAA